GCUAGACAACACUCGUUUGAUAAAAAAAAGAAGAUGAAAAUAUUUCCUGUAAUUUUAGCUUAUCUUGCCUUAUUUCUUCGUAAAGUACAUAAAAUCUUGUCAUUUUACAUGAUAAUAAUGGCAGAGGUCACAUGAUAUUUUUUUAUGCGCUGCCUAUAUAAAGAUGAACAAAUUUGCGAAACGGGUAAAACAAAGUUAGCCAUGUUUCAUUUCGGGGUAAUAGCCAGCUUCUUUGUGGCAAUAGUACUAGCGGAAACAGAACAGACGUGCAAUAGUGUAGAUGGCUUUAGAGUGUGUCACUUCAGAGGGGUUUUAACAGAGGUAACAGCAGAAAGAAGCCGAGAAAGACUAGAAAUUAGUCAAUUGAAUUUGCUCUCAAUAAAGCCAGGUGCAUUCAAAAACCUCUUGAUCAAGAGUUUGAGUUUUGCAGACAGAAACCAUAUUUCAACGUUGCAACCAGGAGCAUUUAGUGGUCUGUCAAAACUGAAACGUCUUCAUCUUGAUAGCAACGCUGUAACACUCGUUCCUAAUUUAUUCCAAGAACUUGGCAAUCUGGAAUCGCUGUCGAUAAUUUUCAAUCAUAUAAACAACAUACCAGCUGGAACUUUCCAUGGGUUGUCAAAAUUGACUUUUUUGUACCUAGAUGAAAAUGACAUUUCAACAAUAAAUGUAAAUAGUUUCUCAGGACUCCCGAAACUAUUAUAUUUACAUUUAUCUAAUAAUAAAAUAGCCAGCAUUACUCCUGCAUCUCUUGCACACCUCGACGAAUUAAAUAUUCUUUACUUGAACUACAACCAGAUCACAGAAAUAACACCUGAUACAUUCAACGGUUUGACAAAACUCGAAGGUUUAUAUCUCAAGGAAAACAGCCUGACGUCUAUUCCACAGGAAGCAUUCAGAGCAUUACCUGCACUAGAGAGAUUACAUCUCAGUAACAACAAGAUCACAACACUACAUUCCAAUGCUUUCACCGGACUAAGCAAAUUAGAGUUGCUCCACCUCGAAAACAAUGAAAUAUCGGAUAUCAGGCCUCGCGCAUUUGAGGGACUCAUCAAAGUGGAAGACAUCUACUUGAAUAACAACAAAAUUCAUAUUCUACCAGAUGGUUUGUUCCUAGGGCUCACCCACCUGGAAGCAGUGUACAUUUCUCAGAAUAAUUUGACUGCAGUUAACAAUGCUGCUGUCCAGUUGCCCAGUUCUGCUACAAUUUAUUAUUCUGAUUAGACACACAUGUACAGAUAUCAAAUAUACACACAUGUAUCAUUAUAUUCCACCAAAUUGAAAAUAUAAAACUAAAUUUGAUGAUU